UUGCUAGGGCCACUCCCCUUAGUAACGCCUCUAAAGUAACUCCUGCCUAAAGUUUCACCUUUCAUUUGAAACGCUAUGUAAGAACUGUGUUUAGAUGCUAAAUCCCCGGCUUGUGUUGUGGUUCUGCUGAAGUGUGUUGUGGUUCCGCUCAGCUUUCCCUCCCAGCCAGGAAGUCCCGGCCAAUCAUCGCUCCCCUCAUUUGCAUAUUAUUCGCAGGGGACUUUCCAGCCCGGCCGCUGCUUCCCAGAACUUCCUAUUUGCAUGCGUCGCCCCGCCCACACCCGCCUACUUUCAGCUUCAAUUAGCAAAGCGUGAUUGGCCGGCAGGUGUGUAAGGGCGUGUUCCGUGCCCAACCUGAGAAUGAGGGAGCGCUGAGGUGAAAUUGCUGCGCUGAGGGGCUGAGUGUUGUUCUGUUGUACUGGCUCUUGCCAGCUUCCAUCAUGGCACCGGGGGGCACUGCUGGGCAGCUACUGGCGCUCACUCUUUGGCUGGGGCUUCUUACCUGUCCCGCCCAGGGAUUUCGGAUUGUCACUUCGGACUACAACUGCUCCCUGCCGGCAAUUGCAUUGGCAGUAGUUGGAUCCACCUCAGUCAAUGGACUCCAUCUCCCUCUAACUUAGAAGUUGUUCUUGUGGUAGAAGCGAAUGAGUCGGGGGACCCCGUGCCAGUGUUCAGAAUCAGCUGGACAGUGGCCCCUGAUGUGGCAGUUUGUCUGCAGCAACUUUAAGGUUGAUCCCGAGCAAAUGUAUGAUGUGACUGUCCAGCACCUGCCCAGGCUGGUUAACUCCGACCUUAGGAACAGUAAAGAGAUGUCUAUCAUUGUACCAGGGUUCAGAGACAAAAGGAUGAGUAAAAUGAAGACUUUUGCCAGCACGCAUUGCCACAGCGGAGCUCAUUCUCCUGAAUCUUUCCCAAGGCCACCUUUCUGUCAUUGAAUAUGCCGCAAAAUUCAGGAGAUGGGUAGCAGAUAUUAAAUGGAAUCCUGCUGCACAAAGGUUUCAUUUUAGAAGGGGUAGUAACUCCAGAAGACCUUGCUGAAUUCAUCAAGUUAUGUCUGAUUGAUCUACGUCUUUCAGAAAGGCAAGAAGAAAAGAAGAGGAGUAAAUCUUUUACCCCUUAGUCUGACUCCUUUGCUACCCCUUCUGGUCCUACUGCUCACUCAGGUGCUGAAGAGCCUAUACAGUUAGGAUUUGUGAAGAGCCCCUUGUCUGCUAAGGAAAAGGACAUCAGAAAGUCUAACAAACGAAGCCUUUACUGUACAAAGAGUGGCCACUUUGCUGCAGCCUGAAAGGCAAGAAAAUGAUUGCCCAAAAUCAAAGGACACUCAUUCAGGUAAUGCUUCUGAAAGAGUGGGGCAAGUAAUCUUCAGUUGGCUCGGAAAUCUAAACGCUUAAGCCUCACUAUUUUCUUGCAGACUAAGGCACGCAAGAUUUAGUGUCCAGCAUUAAUACACUCCAUCUCAAGCAGGACUGUCUCUAACCACCAAACCCUAUCCUAUUUCGAUAGAAGGGGUGGAUAGCACCCUGUUGCAUUCUGGUCCUGUUUUCUCUGAAGCCAGGGAUGUUAUUUAUGUUUUAAAUAAAGAACAUUCAGAAAAAGUAA